AGUUCUCUCAAAAGGGGGAGACAAACAGCUUUCCUUCUCUCCUCUCUCAGAUCCUCUCUCCUUCUACUCCUUCCACUCUCCGCAGCUUUAUGAACCACAGGAAAGGGUCACCUGCCAAAGCAUCACAGACUGGGAUUAAAACAGCACGCACAUAAAGUCCCUGAAAGAGCUUUGUUAUGAACACAUUUAACUGUAUGUUUGGGUGGAUUCUUCUUCUGGGAGCUCUGAUGAGCCCAGUGUCGUGUCAGGAUGAGGAGAGUGUAAUUGCAGUAUGCCAAGAGGAAGAUAAUGACCUCCGAGUGGACUGCCUUCUGGAGCCCAAACCCAACUACCACACAGACUAUGAGUUCUCCAUGUCCAAAGGCCAAAAGGAGACCAUCAUAAGCACAAACAUCUCUGGAAUCAUGCCUGAACCCAAGUUCAGGCACAACACAUUUGUGACAGAGCUUGAACCAUAUGGAUUCAGGCUGACCAUUAUGAGCUUCUCCAUCACUGAGAAUACAACUUUCAUUUGCAAAGUGACCAAGAUCCAGAAGACUCUAUUUGUUGAAUUAGAGAGCAUCCAGCCCUGCUCUGCCAUCAGUGUGUUUCUGCUGGGUUAUCCUUGGCUCAGUCUCCUGGUUCCUCUGUGCAUCAUACAUCUAUAAGAAGCCUUUUAAAAACAGUCAGCUACAGGGUGU